UGCUUCACGUCCGCUGCAGCACGAGGGUCCGUCAUGUAGUGCAGGUCGUCACUAUGACCUCUCCUUAUUUCAUGCAGAGCACGUCUGUUGUCACACGGUGUGAUGAUCAAAAUGCUGCCAGCUCUCUGCGGUCCAAACUUACCUACAGACGGAGAAACGUGGAGCCAGUUUCCUCUGUGGCGGUGAAGAAGGAGGAGGAGGAGGAGGCGAGGAUCGGUGAGCAAAGACCCUCCUCGGCCCCCUUAUCUACGGGUGGCUGCCAUCCAAAAACAGAAACUUUACCAUUGUCUUCACACAGCCGCAGGAAGAGACAGCUAAAAGUGGAGUAUGACCAGGACGAAGGUGUCACACAGGUGAAGACGGAACAAGGGGAACCUCCCGACUGGAAGAAACACCUGAGAUGCAUUCGUGAGAUGAGGAGCAGCCGUGAUGCACCUGUAGACAACAUGGGAGCAGAGAAAUGCUACGACUCAGAGGCUCCUGCACGUGUGAGACGUUUCCAGGUGUUGGUUUCCCUCAUGCUGUCUAGUCAGACCAAGGACCAGGUGACAGCUGCAGCCAUGCAGAAGCUCCGAGCUCACGGCUGCACCGUAGAUAAUAUAAUCACAACUGAUGAUGAAGCACUGGGCAGACUCAUCUACCCUGUCGGCUUCUGGAGGACUAAGGUGAAGUAUCUGAAGCUGACAUCGGCCAUGCUGCAGAAAAAGUUCGCAGGGGACAUCCCAGACAGCGUGGAGGGGCUGGUCAGCCUGCCAGGAGUUGGACCCAAGAUGGCUCACUUGGCUAUGGACAUCGCGUGGGACAAGGUGUCGGGCAUUGGCGUGGACACGCAUGUGCAUCGUAUCUCCAAUCGUCUGGGUUGGUUCAAGAAACCCACCAAGAACCCAGAGGAAACACGCAAGGCCCUGGAGGAGUGGUUGCCCAGGGAGCUGUGGAGUGAGAUCAACUGGCUGCUGGUGGGUUUCGGUCAGCAGGUUUGUCUCCCCGUCCGCCCUCUCUGCUCUGUGUGUCUGAACCAGUACAUCUGUCCAUCCGCCCACAAGAUUGGUCCUACAAAGAAGCCUAAAGCCGGAUCCCCACGGUCUCCAAAUCCAACCUCUUCCCUUCCAAUUAAAACUGAGCCUGAACAUGAGCGGACAAAGGAGCCGCUGUCUACACCGGUUUCCUCCACAGCACUGAGAAGGAGGCUAAAAAGCAAGAGCGAGCUCAGACCCAGGCUCUGUUUCCUGACAAAAGGACAGCGCGGCUAUGGGUUUCACCUGCACGGUGAGAGGAAUAAAGGCGGACAGUUCAUCCGCAAAGUGGAGCCCGGAUCCUGCGCUGACCAGGGCGGGCUGCGAUCAGGAGACCGGGUGGUGGAGGUGAACGGUGAGAAUGUGGAGAACGAAACCCACCAUCAAGUGGUGGAGCGUAUCCGUGAAGUGGCCCACCGCACCAGGUUGCUGGUUGUGGACGGCGACACGGAUGAAUACCUCCGCAGCUGUGGCCUGGCAUGCACCGAGGACCUGGCCGUUGAGAUGGGAACCCUGUCCCCGCAACCAUCACCUGGGCCCACUCCUUCUGCCUCUCCCAUACCCAGAGAGAACUCACCUCUGUCCCCCAAACCCAACCACACACACUCCUUUUACCCUCCGGCUGCAGACUCGUCCACAGACACGACCACACAAGCCAAGGUCAAGAGAACCUCAGUGACAUCAAGUACAGAGACAGACACAGAGCUACAGGUGCAUCCCUCACCAGAGCAGACAGAGGAGCUCCUUCCCCGUCUGUGUCACCUGGUGAAGGGGGAGCACGGCUACGGCUUCAACCUGCACAGCAACAAGACAAAGGAUGCACAGUUUGUGCGUUCAGUGGACCCCGGCUCAGCUGCUGAGAGGGGGGACAUCAGGCCUGGAGACAGACUAGUGGAGGUGAACGGAGUGAACAUUGAUGGCCUGAGGCACUCAGAGGCGGUGGCACUCAUUAGAGCACAGGGGGAGGAAGUGCACAUCCUAGUGGUCGACCAGAAGACAGAAGAGCUCUUCCACACACUGGGGAUCACACCAACCACCAGACAUGUCAAAAAGGUCUAUCUGGACGAAUCAGCCACAGAAAGCGCUCCACGCAGCCCGUCUCCGACCACUGAACUCCUCGCCUCAGAUCCACCAGUCAUAAACAUCACACUGACAAACUCACCGAUCACAAAUACAUCACCAAAAUCCUGGACAAAUGGGAGCUCAGCAUCUCAGUCCUCAAGAAGUUCCACCACCCAAUCAGAGAUCAGCAGCUCAGAUAUGAGCAUCCAGGUCCACGAUGAGGACGACAGGCGCGUUUCGGACCCGUUAGUGGACAGCGGCCUGCGUCUGAGUCCCACAGCUGCUGAGGCUAAACAAAAGGCCCUCGCCAGCCGCAACAAGAAGAGAGCACCUGCUAUGAAUUGGAGUAAGAAACAAGAGGUUUUUGGCAGCUUCUGACCCCAGAAUGCAAGGAAAAAAAGAGAAGAAGCGCGAGAAUGCCAUAGAACAAGGAAUAAUAUUGUGAUUCUUCACUGUUCAUAUUAUAAUAAUCAUACUCAUCAUACUAAUGAGCAAUGCUGCUGUAAUCCUGUAAUUUCCCCACUGAGGGACUAAUAAAGGAUUAUCUUAUCUUAUCUCUUAUCUUAUAACCUUAAAUACUGUAACUCAAUCUUGCAGAGGCACGGUGAAAGAAAGAGAAAUGUGAAAAGGAAAAAAAGACACAGGUAGUAAUAUUAUAUAAUAAUAAUAGUAGUAAUAUGUGACAGAACUUACAAUACACUGCAUUAAACAAACAGCAGAGCAGAUUCAUCCAUGCAAAUGCUGCCUUGUCAGUUCACAGUGUUUCUCUUUAUGAAAUCAGUCAUUUCAGAGCCACAUUGACUGAUGCAUAACAGCCUAUAUGCACUGCAUCUGAUUUGGGCUCUAUCUUCUGUAGAUGCGCUGUUCUGUUGUAGUUUUUGCAUGUAAAUUUUUUUUAAAGUUAUAGUUCAAUGUCAAUUUCAAUGUACAAUGAUAAGCUCAUCACAGCCGUAAGUAGUAGUUAUACUAACACUUUGUUUGUCAAUUUAAUGUAGCAUAUCAUGUUUAAAUAUGAAAACAGAGAACAUGAAAGAGGUUAAGUUAUGAAAUGUUGUGUUGGAUCACCUCAGUGCUUCUCUCUUUAAUAUAAAGGAAAAUAUUUUAAACUCUCCGAUCUAUAAUAGCUUUUUGAGUAUUUUUUCUCUCAGAUGUUCAUGAUUGAAACUUCUCACAAUGUGAAAUAAACUUU